AUGUCUCACCCUUCAGUUCCGCUAGUAGCGCAAUCUCAGCUCACUGCAGUUGCUGUCAAGCUGCCUCCUUUCUGGGACAGGAACCCGGCACUGACUAGGUUCUACCACGUAAUUUCCGCCCUGUCCGCCACCACCGCCGCCGACGAGGUUCAUGAUCUCAUAACCACCCCGCCUCCGGAAAAUCCAUACGAUCAACUCAAGUCAGCCUUGCUGAAACGCACAUCGUCUUCCGACUGCGACCGACUACACCAGCUUCUCUCCGCCGAAGAACUAGGCGAGCGGCGCCCCACCCAGCUACUUCGGCGCAUGAAACAGCUCCCCGGAAGCAAUGCGCCCGGCAGCACUGGCGACUUAUCUUCCACCAGCGAUAGAUUUCUUCGGCAGCUCUUUCUCCAGCGCCUUCCCCGCCACGUACAGAUGGUGUUAGCUACUGCGGCGAACCUCAGCUUGGACGAGUUGGCUGCGCUUGCCGAUGCGGUCAUGGAGGUAGCGUCUGCCUCUCCACAAGUUGACGUCAUUGAGCGACCAGCACUGCUGCCUUCCCUGUCCGACAUUCCUCGACAAUCACUAGCUCCGCGAAUUGACGAGCAUGGUAUUACGCAGCACCUCAACCACCUUACCCAACUCGUCGCGGACCUUGCCUUUCGUUCCCGCUCCCCUCGCCACUCGCGAUCACCCAGCAACAAUACCGACGGGGUUUGCUGGUACCAUCGCCGCUUCGGCGAAGACGCCUUCCACUGUCUUCAGCCAUGUACCUGA